GUCCUGACCGCGUGAGUCGCCCGUGGUUUUGCCUUGCCUUCCCUUCCCUUCCCUUGCCGCCGCCCCCGCACCCGCAGGGCUUUAAAAGGAAGCGGAGCGCACGUCGAGGCAUCAUCGGUUACACGCAUGACUCUGCAACUCGUGUCGAGCCUUCCCGCACGGUGCUCCCGUCUCGCCGUUCCCCACCUCCGAAGGUACCGGAUCCUCCAUUCCUGCCCUGCGCAGCGCACCCGCGCGUCGUAACGGUCCUGCAAGUUGAGCCCGCGAGUGAGCAUGUCGUCGUCGUCGUUCUCGUCGCCGCCGGAGGACCAGUCCCAGGAGACGGAGGCGCCCCACGCGCCCGUCACCCGGGAGCGGAGGCUCAACCCCGACCUGCAGCAGCAGCUCCCCAAGCCAUAUCUCGCGCGGGCUCUCGAGGCGGUGGACCCGAGCCACCCGCAGGGGACCAAGGGGCGCGACUCCCGCGGCCUGAGCGUGCUUCAGCAGCACGCGGCCUUCUUCGACCGCAAUGGCGACGGCAUCAUCUACCCCUGGGAGACGUUUCAAGGUCUCCGAGCAAUAGGGUGUGGACUCCCUGUAUCAGUCGUGGGCUCUAUACUGAUCAACCUCGUCCUGAGUUAUCCCACUCAGCCGGGAUGGUUACCGUCACCUUUGUUCUCCAUCCAUAUAAAGAACAUCCACAAGGGUAAGCACGGGAGCGAUUCUGAAGCCUAUGAUACUGAAGGGAGGUUUGAUCCAUCAAAGUUCGAUGCUAUAUUUAGCAAGUAUGGUCGAACUCAUCCGAAUGCUUUGACAAAAGACGAGCUGAACUCGAUGCUUGAGGGAAACCGCAAUAUGUAUGAUUUCCUUGGCUGGGCCACCGCCGCCGGUGAAUGGCUGUUACUCUACAGCGUAGCAAAGGACAAGGAUGGCCUGUUGCAGCGAGAGACUGUCCGGGGCGCCUUCGAUGGAAGCCUAUUUGAGCGACUGCAAGACAACAAGAAAUCCUCCUGAAUUCGCCCAAGGAUAGAUUGUCCCGCUCAACAGAAGGGCUGAUAAUACAAAACUGGAAGUUUGCCAUUAGGCUGUAUUUGAAUAAGAAACGUUAAUGCAUUACAGAAAACAAGCGAAACCUUUAUCGUGCAAAAUCAUUACUAUCUUGUGUAUUUGGACUUUGUGUUUUCUAAACUCUCUUGAGUUAUCCCUCCCUCUUGUCUCAGAAAAGUAGUGCAUUCUUUUCAAUGUUCAUGCUGGAACUGUAUAAAAUUAUGAAAACUUGUGUUUUAAACUAUGUAAUCGGAAAAGGAAAUCAGGUUGAUCGUG